UGUAAUAUAAGCAUAGGAGAUUGACUCUCUAUAACCAGAGGUGUCAGAUCUUCUGAAUUGCACACCAGCUUUUCCAGACAUUCUGGAUAACCUCUCGAGUCAGUCUGUACAGUUUUAAUCUUUACACCUCAUCACGCAAAAGCAUCAAAUACGGUUACUUUUCUGAAAUAAGGGGAUUCUGUAAAAGUAUUUCAGUGGAUGAAAUUAUAUGCUAACGCUUACCAGACCGACCGAUUCAGAUUAUCUUCUCUGGUGAAAGAUAGUUGUCUUUCUCAUUUGCUUUUCUGAUCUUAAGAAGCGCGCGUCUUUUUGAAGCUCGGAUUCAGCCGCGUAUUUGGAUACAUUGACUUGGUACAAAGAAGACAUGGAAUUGACUUCAGUCAUUUUGACGACGGGUGGCUCGGCCUGCUUCUUUAAAUUAGUUAACUGUGGAAUUAGCAAACUCUCUAUGCCAGAGAGUGCAUGUAGAAACGCGUGGAAAUGGAGAAACAUCUCCACCUCUUUCUUUCACAGUCUCAUAACAGGGAUAUGGGCUGUACUUUGCUUUUACUUGCAUCCGCGGAUGGCAGAAGACCUGAUUGGAACCUAUUCCGUUUUCUCCCAUGCUCUGGUAUCUGUAUCAAUUGGUUAUUUCAUCUAUGACUUCUUUGACAUGGUCCUGAACCAGAAACUCAGCCAGUCAUGGGAGCUCCUGUUCCAUCAUUGUGUGGUGAUCACCUGUUUUGGGAUCUCUGUGCUCAGCUGCCGCUACGUGGGCUUUGCGGUGGUGGCCCUGCUGGUGGAGAUCAACUCCGUCUUCCUGCACCUGCGCCAGGUGCUUCGCAUGGCCAACCUGUUCAAGACCACCGCCUACCGCGUCAACAGCAUGCUCAACCUGGCCACCUACAUGGUGUUCCGCAUCGCCACGCUGGCAUGGAUGACCCGCUGGCUGGUGCUCAACCGCGACAACGUGCCCCUGGUCAGCUACACCGUGGGCAGCGUGGGCCUGGCCAUCAUGACCGCCAUGAACAUCGUGCUCUUCUACCGCCUCACGCACAGUGACUUCCUCAAGGGCAGCCGCGACGCAAAGAAGGAGAAGGAGACAUAGGAGGAUGAGGGUGGUGGUAGUGGUAGUGGUAGUGGUGGUGGUAUGGCGCCAUCUAGUGGCCAUGUCUACCAGAUGCCUGCUUCCACACCUCCAGUGCUAUACAAAUCAUCCUUCCCUCCCUCCCUCCCAGGCGUCCCCUACCUACCUCCCAUCCCAUCCCUCCCAGGACCCUCAGCAGUUACAUGACAGAUGACAAGUCAUUUAGAAGACUUGGAGCCUCCCAAAUCGUGUGGCCUUUUGACUCUUCUGCCUGCCCUGUUGUCUUGAAGGAAUUAAUGAACAGCUUGUUAUGGGUUCUAUACCACAGUGUGGGAUGGACUCCAAUGAGCAUUUAAACCAAUCAUGACUAAAACAAAAUGAGGUAAAGUUAGAGGUAAAAAACAAAGUCGAUUCUCAGUCCUGUUGCCUUGAAUAUACCUGUAAUGAAUGGUUCACUGACAGCUCUUUCUGAAAUGAAUAUUAUAUGAAAUGGAUAGAUAUUAUUUAGUUCAGUGCCUACAUAUUGCAAAUUCCCCCUGCCAUUUCCCUGCACUGAAAACUUAACAUGAAUUAUACUCAAAUGUAUUUUAUUAUUUUACUUUCAUGAUACAAUUUAAUUUAAAUUUAAAUUUAAAUACUACCAAUCCCCUUAAGUACUUACAUCUGCUACCUCAACCACAUGUAGCAGUUAAUAAGCUCCAACUGCUUUUCCAUUUUCACACACUUUCCUUUUCAUGUACAAGUUUAAAAUUCUUUCUUUCUUUUUUCUUUCUUUCUUUCUGAAGACUGUAACCUGUGAGAAUUUCUACAAAAGUAUCUCUUUUAGUUUGGCAAUGUGACACAGCCAAUUUUGAAGUGACCACUGGAAAAUAGCUGCCUGAUGAUUGAAGUGAUUUUGUGCUCUUCCCUUUCUUUGGUCACGUUUGCUCGUCCGAUGUGAGAACGGACAACAAUCAGACCAUUGAACCGACUGACAGAGAAACUGAGAAAUGCCUCCUGUUUCAGAGGUCCUAUUGUGUCGAUGUUCAAAUCUAAAUGCUGGAGCUGUGCUGGUUAUCCUAACUAGUGCUAUGGCUACCACUGGAAACCGGGGGAGGUUGUCAUUCUCCCUGCGAUACUGACCACAAGCGAUGCCAGGUCGUAAAGCUGGACAGCAAGCUAAGCAAAGAAAGAUGAAAGCAGACGUGAUGAUCUUCUGUUAAAUAGAUACAGUCUGUAGGUGGCGCCCUCCGUACAUACUAAUACAAAGUGACCUCAUAACAGUCUCAGCCAAGAUAUCUGUGGCCAUGCAGAAUCCUCCAUCAAGCAACGUAGUAGACCUAAUGCCUAAUGUGCUCUAAACAUUUUUGUAACAAUGCUCUUUUGCCAUUUUUUUACAUGCGUAAUUUAUUUGUACUCGAGUGAAAGUUUGUGAUAAUAUGUUAGAUGAUAGAAUACAUUGACAUGAAUUGCCCUUUUGAACACUUAAAUGGCAAUGAGGAAUAAUGUUAUUUCUUGUGUUGUUAAAGAUGUAAAGUGUGAAGUAAAGGAGUAAAGUACACUUUGAGUGUAUGUGAAUACUGUUGGCAUUGUGUUAGAUAAUACAGCCAAAGCACUUCUGUCAAUUGAGGGGGGGAACAGUUAUCUUGUUACAAGACAAACUGUGUCAGAUUUGCCAUUUCCUUACCACUGAGUGACUCCCAACAAGCUUUUGUAAUCAAGUGAAGUAGUAGUAAUUUGUUCAAUCAAAAUAUGUCCAUUAGACAAUGAAGUGUUUAAUCUAUUGUUUAGUCCUUUUAUGGUUUGCAUCCUCUUGAGCAAUUUAUUUGGCAGCUUUAUUUCAAAGUGUUUCUUAUCCUUGUGCUAAAACAGGAUAUAUAGGAUAUUGUAAUUUCCUUUAUCACUAGGAUUGAUCUCUACCUUGCUGUACAUCACAGCUAAAUUGAUAGUUUCAUAUCGUGGAACAGUAGUGAAACAUAGCCGAUACCGACAAUAUUGGUGCACACUUGAACGCUUUGUUUACUAUGAGAGGUUUGACUCAUUCUUUACGACCAAAGUCACUCACUAGGGGCAGUCGGCCCACGCUCAGUUCCUAUGGUUGAUCUCUAGUGAUGUCCUGUCGCUUGUGCUUUAUUGUGUUUGUUGUUUUGCUUUGUUUUGUUUUCUUUGCGGGUGACUGUGUGAAACAAAUGCACAAGACAAAAGGUGAAGGCAUUCUGAAUGCGCAAAAGGUUUAGGUCUACAAAGCCAUGCGAGUAAGAACACACUUAUGCUGGUGCUGUCCACUUCCUGGACAGCACCCAGAUAUCAACUGGUAUUUUCAUAGUGGUGUGUGUGUGUUUGUGUGUGUGUAAAAUGUAAAUAGCAUAAUGUUAUUUUCUUGAUUGAAUUAUGGUUUUGUAAUUAAUGAAAUCCUGGUUUAUAUGACAUUGUUUUAUGUUAAAUGUAAAAAUAAAAUGUUAUUAACACU